AAUAAGUCGCCAGUCCGGACACCAUGGCGCUGCUGACGGCUCGAAACUCGGCGCUGUGUUUUGUGUCGUUAAUAAACUUUGUGUUUGUUUUCGUUACCGGAGCGGAUUUCGUCCGUUUCAUUUCCUUCCGCCCGGUUUAUCACAACAUCACCGGCGGCGCGGCUCUGUGUGACGACGCGGCGUUGUGGUCCAUGGCCCUGCGGGACGCUGCAGUGUUGAAGUGUUUAGCCGUGGAUUUGUUCCUGUUGGUGCUGUUCAGUGUGCAGCACAGCUUGCUGGCCUGGACACCUGUUAAACGUGUGUGUCAGUCUGUACUGGGAGUCUUAAACCGAGCCAUGUACUGCUUCACUACUGCACUCGCACUGCAGUUGUUGAUGCGUUACUGGCAGCCUGUGAGCAGUGCCCCCUGUCUGUGGUCAGUGCGCAGUGCUCCAUGGGAUAUCUGGUUCCCGCUCAUCUGUUUCACCGUACACUUCUUGUGUUGGGCUGUGAUCUGCAGCAUCCUGCUCAUAUUUGACUACGCAGAGCUGCUGGGGCUCAAGCAGGUGUAUUAUGAGUGUUUAGAUCUGGGGGACCCGCUCUCCUUGAAGUCACCCCGUGCCCAGCGUCUGUACGCCCACCUUCGCCACCCCGUGUGUGUGGAGCUGCUGCUGGUGCUGUGGUUCUUGCCCACUCUGUCUGUGGACAGGUGUGUGUUGGCGGCGUACCUGACACUUUACCUGACUCUGGCCCACUCUCUGGAUGCAGAGGACUGCGUGUACCUGAGCGCUCAGCUCCACAGCAAGCUGCAGAUCUUCUCCACGUCUGCAGGGGGCGACACCCACACACACAGCAACAACAACGAUGAGUGCAAAUUAGAUUAACCUCUUCUCAUCUGACCCCACCUGAGUCUCAGUGCUGCAGUUAACACACUCUCGUUGAUUUCCUCGAUCAUGAGCCUUUAAAGAGCUGGUAGACAAAGGGAAGUCGAUAAGGGUGCGUUAGGAACAGUAUUAGAACACAGUACAUGGUCUUAUACACACUUAUAUAUUUAAUAUGUUAAUAAGAUGCAGACAGAUAGAAUGAUGGAGAGACAGAAGAACAGCUGUUUUUUUAUUUGUUUUUUUUUAUAAAAGUUGUUGUUAUUAAACUUUUGGUAUUUUUUGUAUAAAAUAGUAUUUUACGUUAUGAUGGUGAUGAUAAUGAUGUGCACAAAGAUCAGUGGAUCUCGCCCCGGGGUUUCCCGAUCCUGAUCCUUUACAUACCCGAGCCCUUGUUCUUCAUGCGCUUAACUAAAUCCAAGAUGAUACUAACCAGAUUCACUAAACUCCACAUGGACUGAUUCAGAUCUUCAGACCCCCUGAGAAAUGGAUAAGUGUAGCAGGGUUGAGGAGUGAGAGAACGCUGCACGCUCUCGAGACGUAUCAGAACUUAGAUCUCUGAUCAGCUCGUCAGCGAUGGGUUAAUGCAAUUUGUACGAUAUGUACAAUUUUUUUCUUUUGUAGUCAAAACUGUGGUAAGAUGUGUAGUUUAGUUUAAUGUGGCUGUGGGAUGAUGAACGAGAGUCAGGAACUCAGGAUUUAACUCCUUUAUUCACGCUCAAUUAGCUCUUUCAGUUUCUCAGUUUAAUUUAAUACGACUCUGACCAGGAAGAUACAGUUCACUCUCUAUUUUGAAUACCCCCCCAAAAAAAAGUAAAUAUAUAGAAUCACCCUCGCAAUGGGCGGCACGGUGGUGUAGUGGUUAGCGCUGUCGCCUCACAGCGACAGGUCCUGGGUUCGAGCCCCGGGGCCGGCGAGGGCCUUUCUGUGUGGAGUUUGCAUGUUCUCCCCGUGUCCGCGUGGGUUUCCUCCGGGUGCUCUGGUUUCCCCCACAGUCCAAAGACAUGCAGGUUAGGUUAACUGGUGACUCUAAAUUGACCGUAGGUGUGAGUGUGAAUGGUUGUUUGUGUCUAUGUGUCAGCCCUGUGAUGACCUGGCGACUUGUCCAGGGUGUACCCCGCCUUUCGCCCGUAGUCAGCUGGGAUAGGCUCCAGCUUGCCUGCGACCCUGUAGAAGGAUAAAGCGGCUAGAGAUAAUGAAUGAGACCCUCGCAAUGGCAAAACACUUCAAUUAAAACAUCUAUUCUGAGUCAUGAACUCUACAUACAGUCAGUAGCUGCUUGUUUAAAUCAUGUGCACUUUUUAAUUUAGACGAACGCAAAUGUUAACGUGGCCCAGGUCGAUGUAUUAAAGAUGAAUAGCACCCUGUGGAGCUCAAAUUACCCCGAGGUACUUGAAUCACACGCUGUAUUGCCCACUGCCUCGUGCCUGUGAAGGAGAAUGAGCUGGAAAAACACAGCGCGCUAAUGUUUACACUUAAGCUUCGGCCAUUUCCGUACCUAUCCUCAUUAUAAUAUUAUAAUGAGUGAGGUCACAAGAAACAUGCCGGAACCUGUGGCACAGAAGCGAGCGCUGUUUAAUAUUUUAUCUUUUAUUGAAAAGUUCAAGUUUUCAUGAGGGGCAGCAUGGUGGUGUAGUGGUUAGCGCUGUCGCCUCACAGCAAGAAGGUCCGGGUUCGAGCCCCGUGGCCAGCGAGGGCCUUUCUGUGCGGAGUUUGCAUGUUCUCCCCGUGUCCGCGUGGGUUUCCUCCGGGUGCUCCGGUUUCCCCCACAGUCCAAAGACA